AUGACCGAAACCGUGGAGUUGCCAGCGGAGGGGAAUUCCCUGAUAAGAGCUGUCUAUCAAAGCCGCCUUCGCCUCACCAGAUUGUUGCUAGAGGGUGGUGCCUACAUCAACGAGAGCAAUGACAGAGGUGAAACCCCUUUGAUGAUUGCUUGUAGGACAAAACAUGUGGAUUCCCAGAGUGUCAGCAAGGCAAAGAUGGUGAAAUACCUACUGGAAAACAAGGCUGAUCCAAACAUUCAGGACAAAUCUGGAAAGACAGCCUUGAUGCAUGCUUGUUUGGAAAAAGCAGGACCUGAAGUGGUGUCUCUGCUACUGAAAAGUGGAGCUGACCCAAGCCUGCAAGAUCAUUCCAGUUGCUCAGCACUCGUGUAUGCAAUAAACUCAGAAGACAAAGACACUCUGAAGGUUCUUCUUAAUGCCUGCAAGGCACAAGGAAAAGAAGUUAUCAUCAUCACUAUGGACAAGUCGCCAUCAGGAAGGCAGAAAAUGAAGCAGUAUUUAAAUGUUCCUCCUGCAGACCUCGAGGAAUGCCAGACCCCAACUGCUUGCACUUCCCCAUCAGAAAUAGAACUGAACACGUCGCCAUCCACACUUUCAAGUUCAAAUGAAACUGAAAAAGCACUGUUCAGCUUUAAGGAGCUGGAUCAUCCACGAAGUGUAGUCAACUCACCUCAAACAGUUUCACUGACAAGAAAAUCCAGCUCAACGAAAGUAGGGUCCAAGCUGGCACAAGUGCACCGACUGUGGUCUGAGCCUUGGAUAAAGAGCUCUCCCUCACUGUUUUACCAGAAUAAAGUUGCCUCUUUACAAGAAGAACUUCAGGAUAUUACUCCAGAAGAAGAGCGCUCUUUUAAAAUUGAUGGCCUUGCCUUAUCAAAGAGAUUCAUCACCAGGCACCAAAGUAUUGACAUAAAAGACACUGCUCAUUUAUUGAAAACCUUUGAUCAAGCUGGAUCAAGGAAAUUACCAUAUGAUGAGCAAAAUUCUCAGGCUCCUUAUGUUGAAGAGAAACAUAGCCUCAGUGGGAUUCCUGUGGGUAAAGAUGCCAGUUUGGGACAGAUCAGCUUUAUGUCAAACCUUAGCAGUAUUAUCCAAAAAAGAAAUUUAGGAGCAAACCACUACAGCUCUGAUUCUCAGUUAACUACUAGCUUAAGUCCUGCUGCUGCAGAAGAUAGUAAGUCAGUGUUAGGAAAGAAGAAGAUUCUUUCUCCAUCUCACUCUUUGUUAUCAAGUUCUAGAGAAGUAUUGGAGAACGUGCCUCCAGUUGCUCUGAGCAGGAGAAAUCAAGCUUUUCUGGAAAGACAGGGCUCAGGAGCCUUGUUGUUGAAUCAUAUUGCUCAGACAAGGCCAGGUUUUCUUCCACCACUGAAUGUGAGUCCUCAGCCCCCAAUUCCUGAUGUUACUUUCAUAAACAGGGUUUCUGGGGUGAUGUCUUGUGGACAAAAACACUUGGUACCAGCAGUACCUGCUUUCCCUACGGAGACCAAAAAUAUGAAAAUGCUACUAAGGAGGCAGUCAUUACAGACUGAGCAGAUUAAGCAAUUAGUGAAUUUUUAG